AUGGCAAAAGAUAAUAAACAGAGUGUUGUUCUUGUCUCUGUGGAAGGAGAGAGGUUCACCGUGGAACGCAAGAUCGCAGAAAGAUCUCUUCUGCUCAAAAAUUACUUGAACGACAUGCAAGACAACGGACUUCAGAGCGGAAGUGAUUCCGACUCUGAUGAGGAUGGUGCUGAUGAGGAUGACGAGAUUGUGAUGCCUGUUCCUAACGUUAGAUCUUCCGUUUUGCAGAAAGUCAUUGAAUGGGCCGAACACCACAGAGACUCGAAUUUCCCAGACGAAAACGACGAUGACGCGCGCAAAACAGCCCCCGCCGAUCCUUGGGAUCGUGAGUUUUUGAAAGUGGACCAGGAGAUGCUUUAUGAGAUCAUGCAGGCCGCUAACUAUCUGAAUAUCAAGCCUCUGCUGGACGCAGGCUGCAAAGUGGUUGCAGAAAUGAUACGUGGCAGGACUCCUGAGGAAAUCAGACGAACUUUCAACAUCGUGAACGAUUUCACCCCGGAAGAAGAGGCCGCAAUUAGACGCGAAAACGAAUGGGCAGAAGACCGUUGA